UAUAGCAACAGACUUUCCAGUGCUGUCAACUGCUGUGAACUUAUCUGCCUCAAAUAGAAUUUUUUUUCUUUUUUUUCUUUAAAUAAUAAGGAAAGUAUAGAUUUGGAAAAAUGGAGAUGGAUCCGACCUCGGCUCCUUAUGAGUUCUAUGACUACGAGGAGACAGAGAACUCCACCAUGUGUGACUAUUCAGAGUGGUCGCCGUCAUACUCUGUCAUCCCGGUGCUGUACAUGCUUAUUUUCAUCCUGGGCCUCUCUGGGAAUGGGGUGGUCAUUUUCACCGUAUGGAAAGCCAAAGGCAAGCGCAGAGCUGCUGACGUCUACAUCGGCAACCUGGCCCUGGCCGACCUCACCUUUGUGGUCACUCUGCCUCUGUGGGCCGUCUACACGGCCAUGAAGUACCACUGGCCCUUUGGAAUCACCCUGUGUAAGAUCAGCAGCUACGUGGUGCUCCUCAACAUGUACGCCAGCGUCUUCUGCCUCACCUGCAUGAGCUUCGACCGGUACUUGGCCAUCGUCCACUCCCUGUCCAGCACCCAGCUGCGCACACGAGGUCACGUGCGGGCCUCCUUGACAGCUGUCUGGCUGCUGUCUGGCCUGCUGGCUGCCCCGACUCUCGUCUUCCGGAGCACCGUAUAUGAUGCAGAAACCAACCGCACGUCUUGUGCCAUGGACUUCAACCUGGUGGUCAAAAACAAGGAGCAGGAAAGCCUGUGGAUUGCUGGUCUCAGCAUCUCCUCCUCAGCUCUAGGCUUUCUUCUACCCUUCUUGGCAAUGAUGGUGUGCUACUGUUUCAUUGGCUGCACGGUAACCCGCCACUUCAACACGCUGCGGAAAGAGGACCAGCGCAAGAGGAGACUGCUGAAGAUUAUCACCACACUGGUGGUGGUGUUUGCAGCAUGCUGGAUGCCAUUCCAUGUGGUGAAGAGCGCUGACGCUCUCUCUUACCUGGACCUGUUCCCCGCUACCUGUGACUUCCUACGUUUCCUGCUUCUGGCUCACCCCUACGCCACCUGCCUCGCCUACGUCAACAGCUGCCUCAACCCCUUCCUCUACGCCUUCUUCGACCUUCGCUUCAGAGCUCAAUGUCUGUGCCUACUCAACCUGAAGAAGUUCUUGCAUACCAGCCCACUCAGCUCCCUGUCCUCACAGAAGACAGAGGUUCAGUCUCUGGCCACAAAGGUGUGACUACGGCCGGGGGCCCAGAGACAAGCUGGGGAAGAGGUGAACAGUGCAGAACAAUGCAGGUAAAUCAGAACUUUGUGCAUUGGGCAAUUGCUUGCAGAUUGUCUGUAAUCAGUUUCAGCGUCACCAUUGCCCCCCCUCCUCUAUGGACUGAAGAGGACUGAUAGCUUUCGGGGGAUCUGACCAAACUGAAACUCCUGCCUCGCCGUUGAGUGGCAAGGAAGAAAAACUGAACAACAUGGGAACAACCAUAAAAGCAUUUUAAAAAUGCAUAAAAAAGUGGAUUGUGUGCGUCAGAAUUCGUCUUGGUUCUCCUGUGGACUUUAUUCAAAGUAUUGAGCUUCAAACUCUACCCUCAAGUAAACACACUGACGUGUAUUAUUUGUGCUGUCCUUGUUUUCAUUAGCAAGCACUUGAGGUUUCGUAUCGGCCAGGCUACACUGCUCAGCAGAUCAGCAUGGCAUCAACAUCACAGAUGGGAGUGUUGUGUGGGUGUGUGUUUGUGUGUAAGAAGGGUGUUGUCAAUCAGCAAGAGGUGUUGGUGACUGAUAAGACUGAUGUAAAUUGUGAAUGUGUGUGUGUGUGUUGGGGGGGGGGGGGGG